ACAUCAAAGCUGCUGCCAUUGUUGCAGAUAUGACGUUUCGGAAUGUGACCGAGACGAUCAUCGCGGAGACCAUUGCGGUCCCUAGCUCGAAGUCAGUGGAAUGGUUUCCUCAGUUGCAGACCAUUGAGACCGUGAAGCUGACCAAUACGCAACUAUGGCUGUUGCGUAUGAUGCUGAGGAGGAGCAAGAACUCGAAACCCGUGGUGCGGGAGAAGAGCGGUGAAAAUGCUCCUGCAUGGAGGAUGUUUGCCCCGGAUUUCCUGGGUACGGUUGAGACCGUGGUUUGUGCGGAUGGUGAAGAGGAUCACAAUACUAUCAUCCGUAGUAACUUCCGGGUGCCUACUGAGGCUGCACUGGCAGUUGAGUUGCCGUCAGGCAAAGAGCCUCAAGAUGAAGAUUUUUCUAUCUUCGGUGCUCCGGAGUCCCCCCCGCGUGCCACGGGUGCGGGUGCAACGGAGGUGCCGUCGACACCUCACGUCAAGGUGGUACCUGAGUCAACCGUGCAGAAGGAGGGUACCGCAGAGAAUGCUGCGGCCCAGAUAUUUGAUACGGUCGACUCGUCCAACAAUCUGAUCUCUCCCAAUGAGGGAGACGAUUUGAGUGUGCGGUUCACUGCUACUGGGAAGCAACAUUCUGAUGCUGAACCGCAAAAAACUGGCGCUGAAGCGCGGCAGCAUGAUGCUGGGCCGCAGAAGUCUUCGGUUGAUAAGGGUACCAGCUCGUCUGCCGGUGGUGCGGGGGGGAUGAUAUUUCGAAUGAUCCUGCGGCCUGUAAGGAGAUUUUGGGUGGUCUGGGGACCCCCUUUGAAGUUGAUCGCGCCCGUGCCGCACCUCGAGAGUUGCGAGUUGGCGAAUGUCAAGGCGGCAAAUGUUGCCUUGGGCAGCGAGAAAGCUGCGGCUGAGGCCAUUUCUGUUAAGGCAUUGCAGGCGAAGGCCGAUGCCCUGAAGGCGCUUGGAGAGGCCAAAGAAGCCGGGGCUCCCCCUGUUAGAUCCCCGGAUGUUGUGAUCUCCAACAAUUUCAUGAACAGCGCUUUUAAUGAUGACGAGGUUAUGGAUAAUGAAGAAGCAUCCCAAGAUUCCCAUAUGCAGAUCAUGACUGGUGCUGUUUCUGGAUCAUCUCAUGGUCCUUCUAUGUUUGCUGAAUCAUCACGCGGCCAGUUAGACGGUUUGCCAUCGAAUCCAUACUUUGUUUUUGAUACCCCUCAGGGAACCCGUUACUGGAUUCCUAACGUCGCUGAUAAGUUCAUACCAGUGUGUGGGAAAUCUUAUCCAACUUUUGCGGAUGUUCUUUCCAUGUAUGAACUUUAUGCGUUUGAAGCAGGGUUUUCUGUAAAAAAAGGGCAAACUAAAGUCUGGAAUGGAAUUCCCACACACAAGUAUCUUCGAUGCUCAAAAUAUGGAAAGCCACAACCCAAGAGGACUUUUGACACCCUAGAUGAAUCUUCUGUUAAGCACCGGAGGACCAACUUCACAUGGUGUGACUGUAAGGCAAGCAUACUAGUCUCAAUCUCGAAUGAUUCAUACACAGUUCUGAGUUUCAAUGAUAUUCAUAAUCAUGAACUUGUUGAGAGUUACAACCGUGAUCUUAGCAAGAUAUCACGGAAGCUGUCAUUCUCCACCAAACAAUUCAUUCACAAUAUGAGUCUAAACCGUAUCGGACCCAUGAGAGCUUAUAGAUGUCUUGUAGCUUUAAAAGGAGGGCAUCACAAUGUCAAUGGGACUCCGGUGGAUUUUAAAAACUUUAGCCACCAGUUGCGAAUUUUUAUUGGUGAACGCGACGCACAAGUUUUCCUUGAACGCCUGCGUGAGCGCUUUGACAACCUACCCAACUUCUAUUUUGAUUACACUGUAUCAAAUGGAAAGUUGUCUUCUGUAUUCUGGGCUGAUGAGAUUUCAAAGCUAAACUACAAAGCUUUUGGCGAUGUCCUCGCGUUUGACGCAACUUACAGCACUAACAGGUACAAGAUGGUUUUUGUGCCAUUCACGGGUGUGGAUCAUCAUUUCCAAUGUGUUACAUUUGGGGCGGGUUUGAUAUCAACCGAGUCCAUUGAAUCCUAUGUGUGGUUGCUUAAGGCUUUUUUGAAGGCACACGGUACUCAGCCAACUCUCGUGCUGAGUGAUCAAGACCCAUCCAUGCUACAAGCUGUUCCUAUGGUCUUUACCGAAUCACGACACCGUCUAUGCAUGUGGCAUAUAAUGGAAAAACUACCCUCCAAGAUCUCUGCGGACGUUCUCGAUAACACUGAUCUUCGGUCCUGCAUUCACCGGUUGGUUUGGAAUGUUUAUAUCAAACCUGAAACGUUUGAGUCCCGCUGGAAUGACCUCCUACAAACAUUUGGACUUCAAGACCACAGCUGGUUGAACGACAUGUACAACAUCAAACAUCUUUGGGUACCAGCGUACUUCAGGGAACUGCCCAUGUGUUGCUUAAUGAAGACCACUUCACGUUGCGAAAGCUCUAACGCUGCCUUCAAGGUCAACUCAACAAGCGCAAACACCCUUGUACAAUUAUGAUGUGCUUUGAAAAUAGGGUAGACAGCCAACGAUAUCGGCAACGUGUAUCGGAGUACAAAACCUCAUCCACGAUGUUCACUGGCAAUACUGAUUUAGCGAUAGAACAGCACGCGUUCGCCAUUUACACAAACGCUGUUUUCGCGCAAGUUCAAAAAGAGAUAAUUAAAGGGAAGUUUUUAUGCUACAUCACAAACCAAACCGAGUCCAGCGAUUCCAGUCUUUUGAUAGACGUCACUCAUUUGGAUAAAAGGAACAACAUCACAAAUGUCUAUCAG